AUGUCAACUUCGAAAGCACAAUCACGUGAACCUCUUAAUAUACGACAACGAUCAAUACUUAUUGCAUUUUAUGAUAAAAAUCCUUAUCCAUCGGCAACUGAACGUCAACAACUUGUUCAACUGACUGGUCGAACAUCGAAACAAAUUCAAGAUUGGUUUUCUAAUCGACGACGUAAUGAUCCAAAGUUAGUACCAGGUAAAACAACUUCCGUCUCGUUAUCUACACCAUCUCCAUCCGUACCCAUGCAACCAAUGUACUAUUAUACACCAGUAGCACCUCCACCAAUAUCAACUACUAUUUGUCCAUGUUGUUACUUGACUCAAUCAUCUUCAAUAAUUGAUCAAUCGCUUUAUUCUCCUUGUUCAACAUUUUACUAUCCUCCAUCAAAUAAUACUUUUCACUCUUGA